AUGCCUCUGCUGAAGAAAGCCCCCAAGGAGGAGGAGGAGGAUGGCGACCCCUUCGCCGCCAGCCCCGAGAGCCGCUACCGGCGCCGGGCCACCCUGGAGCGCCUGGUGGGGCUGGCACCCUUCGGCCGCGCUCGCCGCCCCGGCCCCAAAGCUGGGGACGGGGACGGGGACGGGGACGGGGGCCGCGCACGGGGGCUGCGGCGGCGUUCCGAGGAUUUCGGGCUCCUGCGGAGGCUGCCGGGGCGGCGCAAGGCGAGCGUGGAGGCCCUGGCCGAGCGGCCGGUCCCCAAGCGCAGCUCGCUGCUGCGGCUGGCCCUGGGGACAAAGGGACGCCGAGCGUCCCUGGCCGAGCGCUCGCCGCCACCAACCGAGCCCGACGGGGCGCCCGAUGGGGAUGGGGACACCGGGGGACGGCGGCAGGAGGCGCGCGGCAAGGCCAAGGAGCCGCUCUCGGUGCUGGAGAUCCUGGAGCUGAUCCAGCGCCGGGAGCUGGUGGCGGCCGACGAGCAGAUCAUCGCGCUGGAGGCCGAGUGCGUGGCGGCGGCGGCGGCGGCGGCGGCAGGGGUGGCACCGUCCCCGCCGUCCCCGGUCCCCGCGGCGGGGCGGCAGGCGCGGGACGUGGCCCUGCUGUACGAGGCGCUGCUGGCGCAGCUCUGGGCGGUGGUGGGCGAAGCGGUGCCGGCCGGGCGCCCCUACCCGCCCCUGCGCCUGGUGGUGCGGGUGCUGGAGCAGGAAGAGGCGGCCGACCGCCGGCACCCGCCGGGCACCCCGGGGCGCCCGCGCGCCCUGCGGCGGCGCUGGCAGGAGGCCGUGGGGCGAGCGGCGGGCGAGCGGCUGGCGCAGGUGGCACCCGCCGCCGGGCUGGGCGCGCGGCUGGCGGCGCUGGCCGGCCGGCUGGUGGCCGACCUGGGGGCCGUGCGGUGCCACGUGGCCCCCGCGUACCCCGCCGAGUACGGCGCCUUCGGGGUCUACGCCCGCGGGUACCACCGGGCGCUGGCGCAGCAGCUGGGCGCCCUGGCGCAGCGGCCCCUGGCCGUGCCCGACCUCUACCUGCUGCUCGACUGGCACAGCAACGCCUACCCCAGGGAGGUGCUGGGGCACCCCGAGAUCGGGGCCCUGCUGCAGGCACAGGCGCUGGGACCCCUCCUGCCCCCCGAGACCCAGCGGGGCCUCGAGAGGUCCUGCAUCGCCGCCGUCAAGGCGAAGGUGGAGGUGGCGGUGGCGCAGGAGCUGCAGCUCAGCGAGGACACGUGGGCCGAGGAGGCUUCCAGCGAUGACCUGCAGGAGGGACUGGCCACCCGUGUCACCGGGCUGCUGCGGGCGCACGUGGACCGAGCCCCCCAGAUCACCCCCGAAUUCGGCAUGGAGAUGGCCCACAGCCUGCUGGGCGUGCUGGUGGCCUUCCUGCACAGUUUCCAGCGGAAGGUGGAGCGGUUCCUGGAGGCCCCUGGCGAAGCCACCCCCCCUGACGGUGCCACCGGCCGGGCCAUCGCCCUGGUCAACUGCUGCCCCCCCUUCAGGGCCUUCGCCGAGCGCCUGGCGCAGUUUGGGCACCCGGAGGGCGAGGAGCCGCGGCGCCAAGCCCACACCACCCUGGACAAGGUGACGCGGCUCUGCAACCACGUCCUCACCCAGCGCCUCUUCGAGGACCUCAAGCCCUACUUCAACAAGCUGAUGAAGCGCAAGUGGCUGACGAGCUCGGACGCCUUCGACACCAUCGUGAUGCUCAUCACCAGCUUCACCCAGAAGCUGCGCCCGCUGCGCCCCGAGCCCUACCAGGUGCUGGUGAGCGAGGUGCACCGGCGGGUGCUCAUCGAGUACGUGCGGCCGCUGCUGCAGGCGCGCCUGGUCUGCACCUCGGCCAAGAUGCGCGCCCGCGUGGCCGCCCGCCUGGGCGACGAAGCCCGGCAGCUCCGCGAGCUCUUCGGCCGCUUGGAUUCGGCCUCGCCCUGGCUGGAUUCGGUGGUGCCGCGGCUGCGGGAGCUGCUGGUGCUGGAGGACACGGCGGCGCUGCAGAUGGAGGUGGGCGUCCUGGUGCGCGACUUCCCCGAUGUCCGGAGGAAGCACGUGGCGGCGGUGCUGGACGUGCGGGGGCUGCGGAGCCAGGCGGCGCGCCAGGAGAUCCUCGGGGUGGUGAAGGACCUGGAGCAGGGCGAGGGCGAGCCGGGGCUGCCGCGCGAGCGCGCCUUCUUCUCCGAGCUGGCCGUGACGCGCGAGGCGCGCUGCCUGCCCUUCGACCUGCAGCGCCUGGCGCGCCUCUCCCGCCUGCGUCUGCGGCGCCCGCACCCCGAGCGCCCGGCCGAGGCGCGCCUGUGA